UAAAGGGGCGGCUUGAGUUUGCCGUUUAAAUAGCGUACGUUUGAGUAAGUGUGUGUCUUGAGAGAGUAGCGACAAUGAGAUCGGACUGGGCGCAGAAACACGGCGCCUUCAAGUGGGCGACAUUCUCCUCCUCCUCCUCGUCGUCGUCGUCUCUGCCGUCGAAGGGACAUAAACUGAGGCUGAAGUUACCCCGGGUGUGGGGCGCUAACCCCAGGCGUGGCAGCGCCCCCUCAACCACGGAGGCAAAUGUGCCAACAACACAAGUAGAAGUGGAAACAGCGCCGCCGACGCCAGAACCGGCACCGCCAAUGACCUUUGAGCAGCACCUUUCAUCUCUGCGCCUGAGCGAAGCGGGCCGCAUGCUGCUGCUUAGAGAGGAGCGACUGUUCGGUGAGGAUGCCACCGACGGAUGGCGGGCGGAGGAGACGGCGGCCCUGAAGGCUGACCGGCUGGCCUUAGAGGAGGUGGUGCUGCGAACGCUCAGGAGCUCCCUGGAGCCUGCCGCGGAUGUAGACGUGCUAGCAUCGGCCGUGGCCUUUGUGCAGCAGGAGGAGGAGCAAGACCGCCUCUGGGAAAGGCGCGGGGGCAUGUUGCCGCCCUGGAGGCUCAGCGGCUGGAGGAAAAUGCACAACGAUACACUACAACAGAUGGUGGAGGAGCGCUUGGAGGCCCCGCAAACACCCCUCGCUACGCCCCCGAAGGGCCAGUCGUCCAUCCAAGCAGACGUGCACGGGGCGGGGCGGCGGCUGAGGCGUGACCUUCAGAUAGUGGCGGAGCGGGUCAAGGCAUGCUACCCGCAGCACUUUCGCAUCUGCCAGCUGUACGCCGCCUCCUACCACCGUGGCGUCAGCUCUAGGCUGAGAAGGUUGGCCGACUUCGGACUGGACGACCAGGACUGCACUUUUCUGUUACACUGGGUCAAUGAUUUCUACCCAAGAUUGCUUGAAGAUCCUCAGCUGGAGAUCAACAUGGAAGUGCUUGAACCGCUCCUACCUGAAGAGCUCCUUUCACCUCUGGAGGAACAAUACCUCGGUAGACAAGAGAGGGAGCUGAGCACGUACAUGGGAAGUGUCUUGGACGAGGCUCGGGCGGCCUGGAACAAAGGGCAGCAGCCGCCCGUGGAAGACGGGUGUUUUGUCAGUCACACAGCCUAUGACAUCAUUCAGAUUGUCAACGGCAUGGUGAGUAGGGCUGAGAAGGUGCUGGGUGACCUACGGAAGGCUCAGCCAUUGACAUGUCAGCUGCAAGACUUUCUGCACAGUUUCCAAACUUUCCAGGCUGACGUCAUCAAAUACGACAAAGCUAACACCGCGGCCUACGUCAAAGCCAACCUCGGCUGUGUGGCAGACUUCAGGGACUUUGUGAUAAGCAGGCGGCGUUUGUUCCCGGAAGAAGUGCUCCAAAACUGCCUGAGCAUUCUUACGGACAUGAAAGGCAGUGCGCAUGAGUACCUGCUGGCUCCGGUGCGCAAGAACCUCAAGCCGCACUUUAGGAAACUCUUCAGCCAAGAUUGGUUGAAGAAUUCCACACUGGAGAAGCUGCAGUCUGGCCUGGACCAAGAGAUUCUUCGGCUCCGGGGCCUGCCUGAAUCCCGGCGCCAGGAGCUGAUCGGUCAGAUGCACCGAGUAGUGUCGACAGAGUACGUUCGCAGGCUUCUGAAGGGCAAGCUCAGGUUGAAGGAUAAGCAGCAACAGCAGAAGGCCGCUGCCAACGUGGAGGACGACGCACACGCUUUGCAAUGCUUCUUCAGCACGCAUGGCUCGGAGGAGGUGGGGCUUGCGGACGUUCUUAGCAUGAUGGCAGAAGUUCUCAAACUACAGGAUCUCCCCGCCAUCCAGUGCCAAGUGGCCUCGCUGGCUAGCGCUUUCCCCGAUUUCAGUGAGGAACACGUGCUGGCUUUGCUAAAGCUGAAGGGCAACCUCGGCAGGGAGGAGCGGAACAGCGUCAAGGCCGUCCUGUCAGAGAUUCCAAAGAGUUCCGCCCAAUCGCAGCCCUUUUUCUCAUUGGUGCAGCUCAAAUAGAAGCGCUGUCUGCCUGCCAAAUAGUGACUCACUGCAAGUGUUCUCAUUAUUCAACAGUGUUCUUUUUUGUUAGCGACAUCAAGGCAAGCUCAUUGUUGGAAAGGUUGAACUUGUACAUAUUGUUUAAUAAAGGGAAUUAAGAUGAUCAUUGCACUGCAGUUGAAUUUUGUGAACUUAAUCUCAAUUUUGAGGGGUUUUCUAUGGUUAACAAGGUACAAUUGUGCAACUGCACUUUGAUUUUUAAAGCGGUUCUUUGUUCAGUUUCCAAUAUUUUGAACUGUUUGAUGCAUAAGAUAGGUCAAAAUGGAAGCAUGCGCUUGGUUAAAGUGUGUUAUCAAUGUUGUUUAAGUUACUUAAGAAAAUUAAAGAUUUGUAGUUGAUACUUUGAAAAAGGUGCUCCAGUGAACCCUCGCUACUUCGUGCUUCAAACUUCACGCCCUCAGUCCAUCGCGGAUUUUUUUCAAUUAGAAAAUAUAUCAAUAAAUACAGUAUUUUAUAGAGAUGUCCCGAUCCGAUUAUGUACAGCCGGCCACUCUCCCUCCUGCUGCUUUUCUUGCUCAGCAGGAAACUGGGUUUGCUUGUUAAAGUUAACGAUGAGUGACAGAGAUGCUGCUUUGAUCUUGCCAGAGAAGCUCGAUAGCGCUACCAUGAAAGGCGGCGCGUGUGUCAAUCAUCGUCUAGCUUGUUAACACUAGCGGUAGUGUGCUGUGGCAACUCAUUGUGUAAGUGACGAGAGACUGGUCUCAGCAGCGUGAGUGGAUUUUGAGUGAACUCACUCGAUGAAGCAUUUUAUAAAGACAAGCAUUUUGCCAGGUUAUUCUUGUUGAAAAAUAAUUCGGUGGGACAGAAACAUGUUUAAGAUUUUUUUUUUAUUUUACUUCGGGGGAAAAAAAGGGAAAAACAUGUCUUAUAUGUAUCUCUUUCUAAUGCAUUACAUUGACCCCCCCCCCCCCCCAAAAAAAAAAAGUUAAAAAAAAAAAUUUAAAUAAGCUCCACCUCUACUUCACGGAUUUUUGGUUAUCGGGGGGGAGCAGUCUCUAAUAACCGCGAAAAACAAGGAAUUACUGUAAUUUUUUACUGAUGAUUCAAUUAUGAAAGUAACUACCGUAUUUCUCGGACUGUAAGUCGCACCAGCCAUUAAAAAGCCCAAUGAAGAGGUAAAAAUCAUAUAAGUGGCAAUGGAGUAUAAGUCUCAUUUUUGGUGGAAAUUUAUUUGAGAAAAUCCAACACAUAGAACAGAUAUGUCAUCUUGAAAGGCAAUUUAAAAUAAAAAUACAAUAGAGGACAGCAUUCUGAAUAAGUGUACAGUAUGAUGAUAAAGUUACAUGAUGCAUGAACAACGAAAUGAGAACGUGGCCGGUAUGUUAACGUAACAUAGCUAUUAAAGGGAACCAUAGAUAAAAAGACCUGUAGUUCUUAAAGAUAAAUGUUAGUGCGAGUAAUAAUAAUUUGAUAUUAAAACUCCUCUUAAUGUUUUUGUUUUAAUACAUUUUGUAAAAUUUUAAAUAAAAAAAUAAACUAGAAGCUCGCCAUUGUUGUUGACGUCGCAGGGCGGUGAUGUCACAGGGCCAUGCUGCUGUACGUCGCAGUCACUCUAACUAUGUAAGGUAGUGAUUAAAAUACACCAAAUGGUGUCAAUGGCGGGUUUUACAUUAAUAAGACAUCAAGCCAAUGAGUGCGUUUUGUCCCUCGACUGACGCCGUAGCUCUGUUCUUCUCCUAAAAAGUGUUCCCAGCAUCAUAGUUUGUGUAUUGUGACUAAAUAUUGCCAUCCAAUGUAUUUGUUGAGCUAAAGGAGUUGCUACAAUGUUUAAAUACAGUUUCACCAGAGUCUGAGUAAGUUUGAUGUGUAUUUUGCGCAUCUAUUUUGACUGUGAAUGCCAUUUCUCUUUGCAUUGUUGUGUUAACUGUGUGAGAAUAGGGCCUCAGUAAUACAGAUUGAAGCACUUUUCUUCUUGGUGACAUUUUUUGAGAGAUGUGAGUAUUAUUUUUGUAGUAUUUUCACUAUAUGAUUCUUAUGUGUGUUGUGUAGGAGUUGCCGAAGCUUAUGCCAAUAAAUGGUGCGGUCCGACCUACGAAUCUGAAUGCCUGUGUCCACUUUCCUUUCUCUCUCCCACUGUGGAAUAAAGAAACUACAGCGUCAGUCAAGGAAAAAAAAAACACUCAUUGGCUUGAUCCCUAAUUAAUGUAAAACUCGCCAUUGACACGUUGUGGUGUAUUUAAAUCACUACCUU